CAGACGUUAACAUAACUCCAAAGUAGGUCGAUGUUUUCGGUGGCCGUUAACUUUUUUAUUUGUUCGAGUUAAUGCAAAACAGCAAAUAAUUGCACGAGGAAACGUAAUAUUAAAUACUAAGGAUUAUUAUUAAAGCAAACAAAAACAAAGAUUAUGGAUUUAUCUAUGUAUGGCGAAAAUUUGAAUUUCAGCAGUUCUGAUGAAAUAAGCUCUGAUGAAGAAAGCGGAAAUAUAAAAGAAGUCUAUGAACAAAGUUUGAGUAUCAUUGAAAAUAAUUGUUUACCUACACGUGAUAUUGUUUAUGAAGGAAAAAAAAAAUUAAUUUAUCAUUGUAAUUCGCAUGAAGAAGCAUUAAACUGUGUGAAAAAAUAUGAGUUAGCAACUACAACAAGAUUUGUUGUCUAUAGUGUAACCAAGGACUUUGGAAUAACAGAAAUGAUUGCAAAAAAUCAUAAUGUUCUAUGGGAAGAUUAUGCCAUUCAGUAUUCAGGCAUACCUCAUAUGGUUGUUGGUCACAAAAUUUUAGAUUGUCAUCAUGGUUUUGAUAGGAAUAUUUCAGCAAAAAAUAGUUAUAAAAAAAAUAAAAAAAAUGCUAAGAUGGAUGAUCACAGCUUUCAGAAAAAUUAUGUGAUUCUGCAAGAUACAAAAAAGUUUAUGUGUCCUGCAAAGAUAGUUAUGAGAGAAAUAUUACAAUUUCCUGAUUUCAAGAUACCUAAGCAUUCAGCUUGGCACAAAAAAAAAGCAUCAAAACUAUUGAAAGAAAAAUUAAAAUUGUCAUGUUUAAAUGAAGUACCUUAUAUUCGGAAAGUUGUUGUAGCUAUUGAUGAUUUAUCAUGUCAUGAUAAACACCCUAUUGGAAAGGUAGAACUAAUUUCUCAAAUAAUGGAUCCUCAUAUUUCAAAAAAGAUUGAAGAAUAUGUUAUAGAAGGAAUAUACAAUAUAAGGGAAAUGAAGCACCUCCUUCGUUUGACAGUAAAAGAUACUUUUGGAAAUGAAAAUCUUCCUCCUUCGAAUAGCAGAAGAUUCUAUCCCAACACUGCAACCAUAAGAUCACAUAUAGUAAAAAUUAAAAAAAAGUUAUGGUAA